AUGGAUAACACAAGCAACAACCACGUCAAUGUCCCCGACAACCACGGUGUCACGCCCGGUAUGGAACCCGCCGCGACCAUCAAUUCUCCUCAGGUCGUCAUGGAGGACGCACGCAAUGACCCGCCCAUUGCGCCUGAGGACCGCCGGAUGACGCGCGGUAUGAAGGCCGCCGGUGGGGUGAAUCCCCUCGCUCCCACUCCCGCACAGCGGCAAACCAGAGCCCGGGAAAAGCCCGUCGUGAUGAAAAAGGAGGAGGACUCCGAUGACCAGGACCACAAUCCGUCCCAGGGUUUCUCCAAGGUCGCCGCCCUUCCGAAGAAGGAAAAGAGUCCCUCCGCCGACAACACCGACCCGUGGGCAUGCGGCCCCAACGGUGUUCCGGACAUGGACAAGCUUGUCCGUCUUCUCACCCGGGACUACACCAAGAGCCCGGAAGACUCUGACCUCACCGAAGCUGCCCACAAGUACAAGUGGCGCGGCAUCGGCCCGGGAAAGCACUCACUCUGGGAGCUGAGGAGCAUUGCUCUGUCAGAAAAGGCCUCCGCGCGCCAGGAGGCCAAGGAGAACCCCCGAGACCAGGUCGCUCGGAUCAAGCUUCGUCUUUGUGAGGCGAUCUUCUCUCACGUCGUUGGCGAGUGGGAGGUCGAAAGGUACAGCAAGUGGAGGGCUUACCUGCCAAAGAACAAGAUCAACUAG